AUUUUCGAUAAACUUGCUUUUUAUUACCACUAGCGCUGCCAUCGCCUGUCGUCUUUCUUUCCGUACUUUUCUGCGCGAUGGGUAUCAGCAGGGAUUCGUACCAUAAGAGGCGCUCCACUGGAGGCAAGAGGAAGCCAAUUCGCAAGAAGCGAAAGUAUGAAUUGGGACGUCCAGCAGCCAACACAAAGCUGGCAGCUUCUCGUAUCCAUGUCGUGAGGACACGUGGUGGUAAUAAGAAGUUCAGGGCUCUACGUUUGGACACGGGCAAUUUCUCAUGGGCAUCAGAGGGCACAGCCCGCAAGACUCGUAUCAUCGAUGUCGUGUACAAUGCGUCAAACAAUGAAUUGGUGCGCACGAAGACACUCGUGAAGAAUGCCAUUGUGGUGAUUGAUGGCACUCCAUUCCGGCAGUGGUACGAGAGCCACUACAUCCUGCCACUGGGACGCAAGAAGGACACCAAGGGUCAGGAUGACAAUGAUGUACUAACAAAGAAACGCAGUGCACGUGUCAUGAAGAAGUACUUGGCAAGGCAGAAAUUUGCCAAAGUUGAACCCGCCCUCGAGGAGCAGUUUACUUCCGGAAGAUUGCUUGCUGCUAUUGCUUCCCGACCCGGACAACAUGGCAGGGCCGACGGGUACAUCCUGGAGGGGAAGGAAUUGGAGUUCUACUUGAAGAAAAUCAAGUCCAAGAAGUCAAAGUAAAAAUGUAUUUGCGGACUUAAUAAAAUCGACAGGAUUUUACAAUCUGA